UUAUUUUCCCUUUUACCUCAUCACUUCCUGGUGUUGCGGCAGCCAUAUUGGAAUGGGGGAUAGAUGACACCUUAGCCGAAGAGCUACAUUUUUGUUAUUUUUGAAAGUUUAUCAAGGACGUAUUCACUCUGAAAUAAAAGGGAUAUCAAUAUAUCACCCCAAUUUGACCGUGGUCGAUCCCGUGGAGGGCGUUGAAAGAGAUGAGCAACAAUUUAAACAAGAGGGCCCCAACCACAGCAACACAGCGGUUAAAACAGGAUUACCUGCGCAUUAAGAAAGAUCCAGUCCCGUACAUUUGUGCUGAACCUCUGCCCUCCAACAUUUUGGAAUGGCAUUAUCUAGUACGUGGCCCUGAGAAAACUCCAUAUGAAGGUGGCUACUAUCAUGGCAAACUCAUUUUCCCACGGGAAUUCCCGUUCAAACCACCAAGCAUAUACAUGAUCACACCCAACGGCAGAUUUAAAUGUAAUACAAGGUUGUGUCUUUCUAUCACAGAUUUUCACCCUGACACAUGGAACCCCGCAUGGUCCGUAUCCACCAUCUUAACCGGCCUCCUGAGCUUCAUGGUUGAAAAAGGCCCGACUCUCGGCAGUAUCGAAACCUCUGACUUCACAAAAAGACAGUUGGCCUCCCAGAGUCUUGCUUUCAACAUCAAGGACAAAGUCUUUUGUGAACUGUUUCCAGAUGUUGUUGAAGAAAUCAAGCAGAAGCAGCGUAUGCAGGAGGAGCUCAGGUCCCGCUCACAGGCGCUGCCCCUCCCCGACGUGGUGCCGGAUGGCGAAGCCCACCACGCGCAAAACGGGCACCUUCUCCUGAAUGGGCAUCUGCCCCCCGGCGCGGCCCACCCGCCCGACCUCCAGCAGGUCAACCGUAACCAUGGACUCCUGGGUGGAGCGCUCGCUAAUUUGUUCGUCAUCGUAGGUUUUGCCGCUUUCGCCUACACGGUCAAGUACGUUCUGCGGAGCAUCGCGCAGGAAUGAAUCGCCCAAUGAGAAACGCCGACGUGAGGGACGAAAGGCUGGUGCUGUUCUCACGACCAAAAUAGGUAGCGAGAAAUCAAAAGGGUUUUCUCACAACCAAAUAAAAUGAAGCAGUGUCCCGUUAAUGAAAUUGAGAGCUUGGUGAUUUCCUCCAUAGUGGCAACAACCAGAUCUUGUGUGUAACGGCCACGUAAAGGGCAAGGUCACGUGAAAUGAUGGCUUUAUUAACAUGUAAGGACAUUUUAAAAAAAGCAAAUUUUCUACCUUACCCAAUUCCCUGAAGAAGCCAACUUCAUAUGACCGUGAAAUUAAUCCAAGUGGACUUUUUUAGAGCCCGAGUCAGCAUUUGUUGUUGUUCACGUUUCUCAUUGAUCUGUAAGAUUUUAGAAUCUGUGAAUAUAGGACGCUGAGUUUUUAAGAUUAAAAGAGAAAAAAGUCCAAUCAUUCCUUAAAAACAACAACAAAAUAAAAUACAUUUCUGAAGUGUGUCACACCAAUUAUUGCUGUGACGAAAAUCACUGACUGUUUUAUUUGAUGGAAAUGGCUC